UUUUGUCGCUGCAGAGCCAAGAGAGAGAAAGAGAAAGGGAGGGAGACAGGUCUAAACUUCCAAAGAGUUUUCUCCUUUUCAGUCCACUGCGCUUCUCUCUCUCUCUCUACCUUCUCUAUCUAUCUCCAUGUGGGAAUUCAUUAUCGCUUGCCAUUGUUUUUCUUUUUGAUUGUGUUCUUCCCACAUUUUCUUCCCAAUCCCACAUACUACUUCUUUGCUUCACUUCAUUCCCUCAUUCUACAAAUCUACCCCUCUUUAUCCUUUUUUGAUCAUGUUUCCUUUCUUCCCUUUUGAGAUUUUGUUGCUUUGACUAUUGCAUCCGCCUUUCUCUUUCUGGAUGUUCUGCUUGCCUUAUGAUCACCAGCCUGCUCGCUGUUUCUGAACUUCGCUAUUGCUCUUGCUCUCACUUUCAGUCGGUGAUUUCUGGGCUCAAUUGGACAGUACUGGUCUUCUUCGAAUUGGGUGAUUGCAAGAUCUGCUGUGCGAUUUGUUUAACGAUACAUUCUUGAUCUUGCUGGUGGUCAACCGACUUAUCGGUUUGGAUCCGAUCGGGGUGAAAACAGCGCCAUCUGAUGGCGCUGUUCAGAAGGUUCUUUUACAGGAAGCCGCCGGAUCGGCUUCUGGAGAUCUCCGAGAGAGUUUAUGUUUUUGAUUGUUGCUUCUCCACAGAUGUCUUGGAAGAAGAUGAAUACAAAGUUUAUAUGGGGGGGAUCGUUGCUCAGCUACAGGAUCACUUUCCUGAUGCUUCUUUCAUGGUGUUUAACUUCAGGGAAGGGGAGAGGCGUAGUCAUAUUUCAGAUAUAUUGUCUCAAUAUGACAUGACAGUUAUGGACUACCCUCGUCAAUAUGAGGGUUGUCCUCUUCUGCCUUUGGAAAUGAUCCAUCACUUUCUUCGAUCAAGUGAAAGUUGGUUGUCUUUGGAGGGGCAACAAAAUGUUCUUUUGAUGCAUUGCGAAAGAGGUGGUUGGCCAGUGCUUGCAUUCAUGCUAGCAGGUCUUCUAUUGUACCGGAAACAGUACAAUGGGGAGCAAAAAACCCUUGAAAUGGUCUACAAGCAAGCUCCUAAAGAACUUCUUCACCUUCUAUCUCCUUUGAACCCACAACCUUCUCAUUUGAGAUAUCUUCAAUACAUUUCUAGGAGAAAUCUGGGUUCUGAGUGGCCUCCAUCAGACACGCCCUUACAUUUGGACUGUCUGAUUCUUAGAGUCCUUCCAUUAUUCGAUGGUGGAAAAGGUUGCAGGCCUGUCGUUCGUGUUUAUGGUCAGGACCCUUCAAAACUUGUUAAUAGAAGUUCUAAGCUACUUUUUUCUACUUCAAAGAACAAAAAACAUGUUCGCCUCUACCAACAGGCAGAGUGUACGCUGGUGAAAAUUGAUAUCCAAUGUCGUGUUCAAGGGGAUGUGGUUCUUGAGUGCAUACAUACGGAUGAAGACUUAAGUCAUGAGGAGAUGAUGUUUAGAGUUAUGUUUCACACAGCAUUUGUGCGUUCAAACAUAUUGGUGCUCAACCGUGAUGAGGUUGAUAUUUUGUGGGAUUCUAAGGAUCAAUUUCCCAGGGAUUUUAAAGCAGAGGUGCUUUUUUUGGACGCUGAUGCUGUUAUACCUAAUCUAACCACAGUCAGGGCAAGCGAAGAUGCAAAUGAGACAGGAACUGCUUCACCCGAGGAAUUCUAUGAGGUGGAAGAGAUAUUUAGCAAUGUAGUUGAUGUGCAGGAAGGUAAGGUGGAUUACGAUUCUCUUCUAGCUCAUGACAGUGCAAUAGAUGAUCCCAACCAAAAAGAAGUAUGGAAAGAGGACUUCGAUCCUCCCGCUUUUCAGGAAUGUACAUCAGAUGGUCAGAAACAGGACAGAAUGACGGGUUCUGGUACUAAUGCAGUAAAAGACAUUGCUGUUGAUGAUGUGAAGUAUAAACUUGACGAAGGAGUGGAUUCUAAUAUUCAUGAAGUGAAAGAUAUUACUGUUGAUGAUGGAGAAAUUAAGUCUAUAGUCACUACUGAUGUCAUUAUGGAAAUGAAGGACGUCAAUGCAGAUAUGCAUGGACAAUUAGAAGAUAUGGACAACAAAUAUGAUGAAUUUGGCAACGCAACAGAGAAGAAAUUAGAUUCCAAGGCGGGCCAGCAGAAGCACGAUGUUUCCAGACAAAAAAACGAUAAAGUACCACCUGUGGUAAAAAAACAACUUUCAUCUAACUCAAAGCCAGUGGGAGAUACAUUGGCAGCUAAGCAAAAGGUUAAGCAGCUUGAAUCACAAGGUAAUCAGGCAAAACAAGCAAAGCCAAAUGCAGUAACUAGGUGGAUUCCUCCUAACAAAGGUUCUUACACAAAUUCAAUGCACGUUUACUAUCCACCAUCAAGGUAUAACAGCGCACCUGCUGCUCUUUCCAAUGCUAACUCUUCUAAGGAGAAAAUUAUAGAUGCUAAAUCAAGGUCUUCCUCUGCACCUAUCGUCUCUGGAACACCUGUUUCUAGUGACAAGACAAAUGAAUUUAAAUGUCAAAAGGUGGACGUAUCAAAACCUGCGGACUCUAUAGAAGAAAUGGAAGAAAAAAACUUGCCAUCAAUUAAAGAGACAUGUCUUCAAACACCAAGUCGGGCCCCCCUUGGUAGCUCAACACAAGUGUUACGACCCCCUCCCCCUCCCCCUCCCCCUCCAUUUCAUUGUAAAAGCUCUAUGGUAGAUCCUUUUGAAACAUCAUCAGUAAGUAGACAAAACCAAGAGAUGGAUUCACAACUUGUAACUUCUUCAUUUGCUCCUCCCCCUCCACCCUCUCCUCUUUUUACUAAUGGAACAAUCACAUCAGGAGUUUUUGGAAUGUCUAGUAUGGUUGCCCCUCCUACUCCCCUUUCUCCUCCACCACCACCACCUCCACCGCCACCACCUCCAAGGUAUGGAUUUUCAAUCUCUCCACCUCCCCCUCCUCCUCCCCCACCCCCACCAUCUUCAAGGAGUGUUUCUCCAUUGUUGUCUACACCCAUAUCACCACCCCAAUCUUCACCUUCACCUAUCCAAUCCUUACCUUUUUUGAAAAAUGCUCUACCACCCCUACCCCCACCCCCACCCCCACCACCCUUAAGUAGAACUUCUUUGUCUUCGCCAUUGUCUUCUUCAAGCAAAGCGCCACCACCCCCACCUGUACCUCCUUUAGGUAGAGCUCCACCUCCCCCGCCCCCACCUCCUUUUAGUAGAGCUCCACCACCCCCACCCCCACCGCCACCCCCUUUAAGUGGUGUACCACCAUCUCCACCUCCACCCCCUUCAAAUAAAGCUCCGCCGCCGCCGCCGCCGCCACUACCUCCUCCUCCUCCUUUUAGUAAAGCCCCUCCACCUCCACCACCUCCUUUUGGUAGAGCUCCACCACCUCCACUUCCUCCUUCUGUGUAUGGAGCCCCAACUCCACCUCCCCCUCCACCCCCACCUCCAUCAAGAGGAGCACCUCCCCCACCACCUCCACCUCCAUCAAGAGGGACACUGCCUCCUCCACCACCUCCUCCUCCAUUAAAUGGAACACCUCCACCACCCCCGCCUCCAAUGUCUAGAGCCCCACCUCCUCCUCCACCACCUGGUGUUCGAGGCCCACCUCCUCCCCCUCCUCCUGAAGCACGUGCUCUUAAUGCUCCUUCUCCCCCUGGACCUCUAGGGGGUACACCGCCACCUCCUCCACCCUUAGGUUCAAAAGGUUCAAAUUCUGAUCCAAGAGGAAGAGGGCGUGGACUUUCACGUCCUGGUGGCGUUGGUGCAGUAGCACCUCGACGAUCCUCCUUAAAGCCUCUACAUUGGAGCAAGGUGACAAGGGCAUUGCAAGGAAGUUUAUGGGAAGAAUUACAGAGACAUGGAGAACCUCAAAUUUCCCCAGAAUUUGACUUUUCAGAGCUAGAGAGCCUUUUCUCCGCAAAUGUUCCUAAACCUGCGGGUUCAGGCGGUAAAUCUGGAGAUCGACGUAAAUCUGCUGGGUCCAAACCUGACAAAGUUCACUUGAUUGACCUAAGGAGGGCCAAUAAUACUGAAAUUAUGCUUACAAAGGUUAAGAUGCCCCUUUCUGAUAUGAUGGCUGCAGUACUAGCUAUGGAUGAUUCGGUAUUAGAUGUUGACCAGGUUGAAAAUCUCAUCAAAUUUUGUCCUACUAAAGAGGAGAUGGAACUUUUGAAGGGAUAUGCUGGGGACAAGGAGAGUUUGGGAAAGUGCGAGCAGUAUUUUUUGGAGCUGAUGAAAGUUCCGCGAGUGGAGUCAAAAUUAAGAGUAUUUUCUUUCAAGAUCCAGUUUGGUUCUCAGAUUACCGAAUUCAAGAAGAGUUUAAAUACUGUGAACUCUGCCUGUGAAGAGGUCCGAAAAUCUGUCAAACUGAAGGAGAUAAUGAAGAAAAUUCUUUAUUUGGGGAAUACAUUGAAUCAAGGAACAGCAAGGGGAUCUGCGGUGGGAUUUAAGUUGGAUAGUCUGUUAAAGCUCACAGACACUCGUGCUUCUAACAAUAAGAUGACACUGAUGCAUUACCUUUGCAAGGUCCUUGCUGAAAGGUCACCCGGGCUCCUUGAUUUUCACCUAGACCUAGUCAGCCUGGAAGCUGCUACUAAGAUACAAUUAAAAUCAUUAGCUGAAGAGAUGCAAGCAAUCAUCAAGGGAUUAGAAAAAGUUAGGCAGGAGCUUGCUGCAUCUGAAAACGAUGGACCUGUAUCUGAAGUUUUCCGCAAGACAUCAAAAGAAUUUGUUGUUGGUGCUGAGACAGAGGUGGCAUCUGUAUCAAAUUUAUAUUCUGUGGCGGGUAGAAAUGCGGAUGCACUUGCACUUUAUUUUGGUGAGGACCCUGUCCGUUGCCCAUUCGAGCAAGUUACUGCAACUCUCCUAAAUUUUAUAAGGUUGUUUCGGAAAGCACAUGAAGAAAAUUGUAAACAGGCAGAGUUAGAGAAGAAGAAAGCUGAGAAAGAGGCUGAAAUGGAGAAGGCUAAGGGCAUUAACUUGACAAAGAAAAGUGCAAGAUAGUUGAUAACUUGGCUGUUGGCUUCUCUGCACUGACAUCACUCUUAUGUCAAAGAACCAGAGGUCUGCCCUUGUGGUGGCAAGGGGAUAUUGAGCUGGAAAAGCAAGUUCUUUCCAGCGUCAGACCUUUGAAUCAUACGACAGGCUUAGGCGUUGAUUCUUGGACAAUCAGAAUCUUAUGGCCUAUUGAUCUUUGUGUUUGAAUACACUGGAAAGAUCACAUUUUGAGACGAUGAGUUCUUAUUGUGGUUGUUGGAGAUGCCCUGAGCACCCAGCAAAUAAUAUGAAGACCAUGGAUCUUCGUGAAUCAUUUCAAGAAGAAAUUUUGUGGUAUUGAAGAUUGAACGCGCCUUCGAUUGCAGAACUGCAUCUGGCUUCCGUCAUACAGCGCCAGAGCAGAUGCUUUGUUUUGUAAAGUACUAAAGUCCAUCCGUAGUAUUGUAGUAUCGAGGAACCUUGUACAAAGCGCUAACCCUUACUUAGGAUUCAAUUCUUUCUCAUGUAACAUAGAAAUUAGUUCCUUCCUUUCAUUUUCAUAGAGAUUUUGGUAGGAUACAAUCGAGGAAAUGUAUAGCUGUAGGGUUUAGAAUAGAAAUUAGCAACUAAAUCGCUGCAUUGUAACUGUAUUUUAGUGAAGAGCAGGCUGAGUUAGAUAAUGCUCUUAUUUUUUCUUGUGAAAUACUUUUUUGUGAAGUGUAAAGGGUUUCUUGAAAUUUAGCAUUAUGGACCAGAGGACACGCUGAUGUAUACAAAGACCCAAAUUCCGACAGGAAA